UCCUUUUUAAGAAUGCUCCUCUCUCCUGAGCCGCAUUUAUUUUUCCUCAGGAGGGCUUGUCGCUAACCUGCCCGGCUCCCAUACCUGCAAUGGGCGUACUGCAUCGCCGCCACCACCAUCGUCACUGUUGUCGCACUCUGCAAACUCUCACAGCCUUCACAUUUCUCUUCUUUGCCUCCGCCACAGCCAUCUCUCUUUCCCAACACGGUAGUCAAGCAGUACUGAGGCAGCAGGCCGCGAAGGGCGAGAAACGACUAGCAGGAUCGGGAUCAGCGAUAUUUGAGCGGUUUGUCCCGAGUCGUAGGGCUCUGGGCUUUGGUUCAUCACCCCCUACGUGCCGAUCCAAGUGCGGGAGGUGUUCGCCGUGCUCGCCCGUGCGAGUGCCCAUUCACCCUACUCUGAGCACUCCGCUGGAGUACUACCCUGAAGCUUGGCGAUGCCAGUGCGGGAAUAAGCACUUUAUGCCUUAAAAGUAACA